UUCACCCAGUAUCAUGACGUUUCAGUUGUCACUUACGUGCAUAACAUUUUAUGUCCAUAGGAGAAAUUAAGUGACGAUGACGAUGACGAUGAGGAUAAAUAUGCUGAUGAUGUCAUUAUACCUGGACAGAAGUUUGACAGUAAGAGGCGAGUCUUGUCAUGGACCCGGCCGCCUUUCUCGAAAGACGAACUCAAUUGAGAAUUGAAGAACAAACUGAAAGGAUUUUAUCCGAGCGCGAAGAUUAUCCGACUUACCAACAACACGUCCAACAACGAAGGAAAGGUUACUCGAAGAAUGCGUCAAAGUUCACACGGCCCUACAAGAACUUGUUUCUAUAUACAUACAUUAUGCCGAGACAAAACAGACACCGACACCGAACGAUGAACUUAAUGAGUCCAUUGAUAGCAUGGCCGACAAAACUCAAGAUCUACGACGUCAAAUGCGUGUUGCCGUGGCUGAUCAUAUCUCGGAUACCUUUCUCGACACUCUUGUACCGCUGAUGUUGCUUGUUGACGCUGCCAAAGAUGGUAAUCAACGUGGGGUCGAGGAAUGCGCCAUUGUGUUCAGCGAAGGAGCUGCGAAGCUGGAAGAGGUCGCCAAUCUUGCUUGCUCUGUGUCUAAUAAUGCUGAGGGAGUUAAACUUGUUCGAGUGAUCACCAAGAAAAUUCACAAUUUAUGUCCACAGGUGAUAAAUGCAGCCCGCACGUUGGCAGCCCGCCCACGUAGUCGUACGGCACGUGCCAAUAUCGACACAUUCAAAGCGACUUGGGAAAGUCAAGUUCAUCUUCUGGUUGAAGCUGUGGAUGAGAUCACGGAGAUUGACGAAUUUCUAACUGUUUCAGAAAAUCAUAGAGAGGACGUUGAAUCCUGUAUCAAGGCGACAAAGGAGAGAGAUGUGGAGACGCUGGAUGGGACUGCUGGUCUCAUUCGUGGAUGCACGGAGCGCGUUGCUGCAGUGGUAUUGGCUGAAAUGGAAAAUUUCGAGCAAUGACCUUAUACUGAAAAUGUACAGAAGACUGUGAAAUCACUCGAGGAAGACAGUAAGUGUUUUCCAACUUUCACAUAUGUUCGAUUAACGCUGGGUAAAAUCUGUCACUGGCAUGUAGCUCUGGUUGGAUAUGUGUAGCUCUGCUG